UACCCCACCCCCAGCCAAUCUAGGAGGAGAUGAAAUGAACUUUGCACUUGCAAAUGUCACUGAAUGCAUUUUGCACAGGAUUUUAAAAGGUUCUCUUACAAGCACUAUUUUUAACAGACAAAUCCGCCCCCCCAAAUGAAAAAGCCCUAGGUAUUUUUCUGUGAUCGACCUCAGUUAUUAUGAAUUGAAGCAUCUCUCACAACAUUCACCUGAAGUCUGGCGUGCUUUAUUUUUUUAUCUUUCCAGCUGAGCUUUUUUUGGUGGUGGUGUGGAUAUUUUCUUUUUUUUUUUUUUUUUUCUGAUUUUUUUUUUUUUAACUGGCAUGAGAAAAUUUGUGAAUUUAAUUGCACUAGAAUACUUGGAAACAGUGAGGCUGCAAGCUUGAAAGGCAGAGGAAAGAGAAGAAAGGCUCUCGCAGCAGAGCAUGGAUAGGAAAGGAACGGUGAUUCUGCGGUGCUCAGCGUGCACAUGUUGUGUGAGAUCAGUGCCGGGCGCUGCAGCUGCGGACAAUAACUGAGCUGUCUGGCUAAUGAAGGCCACCUGGAUCAGGCUUCUGAAAAGAGCCAAAGGAGGACGUCUGAAGAAUUCUGAUAUCUGUGGCUCGGCGGACUCCUACACCAGCCGUCCAUCUGACUCCGAUGUAUCUCUGGAAGAAGACAGGGAAGCAGUGCGGAGAGAGGCAGAGCGACAGGCCCAGGCACAGUUGGAAAAAGCAAAGACAAAACCUGUUGCGUUUGCAGUUCGGACAAAUGUUGGUUAUAGUGCAGCUCAUGAUGAUGAUGUUCCAGUCCCAGGCAUGGCCAUCUCAUUUGAAGCUAAAGAUUUUCUUCACGUUAAAGAAAAAUUUAACAAUGACUGGUGGAUAGGACGGUUGGUAAAAGAAGGCUGUGAAAUAGGAUUCAUACCAAGCCCAGUCAAACUAGAAAACAUGAGGCUGCAGCAUGAACAGAAGGCAAAGCAAGGGAAAUUCUACUCCAGUAAAUCAGGAGGAAACUCUUCAUCCAGUCUGGGUGACAUAGUUCCUAGCUCCAGAAAAUCGACGCCUCCAUCAUCUGCUAUAGACAUAGAUGCCACUGGCUUAGAUGCAGAAGAAAAUGAUAUUCCAGCAAACCAUCGCUCCCCCAAACCCAGUGCAAACAGUGUAACAUCACCCCACUCCAAAGAGAAAAGAAUGCCCUUCUUUAAGAAGACAGAGCACAUCCCUCCCUAUGAUGUAGUGCCUUCUAUGCGACCUGUAGUUUUAGUGGGACCUUCUUUGAAGGGAUAUGAGGUAACAGAUAUGAUGCAAAAAGCAUUAUUUGAUUUUUUAAAACAUAGAUUCGAAGGGCGUAUAUCAAUUACACGAGUCACAGCAGACAUCUCGCUUGCCAAACGCUCAGUAUUAAACAACCCCAGUAAGCAUGCGAUAAUAGAGCGAUCCAACACAAGAUCAAGCUUAGCUGAAGUUCAGAGUGAAAUUGAACGGAUUUUUGAAUUAGCAAGGACACUGCAGUUGGUAGUGCUUGAUGCUGACACCAUAAAUCACCCAGCACAGCUGAGCAAAACCUCUUUGGCACCCAUUAUAGUAUAUGUAAAGAUUUCUUCUCCUAAGGUUUUACAGAGGUUAAUAAAAUCUCGAGGGAAAUCUCAGGCCAAACACCUUAAUGUUCAGAUGGUGGCAGCUGAUAAACUGGCACAGUGUCCUCCUGAGAUGUUCGAUGUAAUUCUUGAUGAGAACCAGCUGGAAGAUGCUUGUGAGCACCUCGCUGACUAUCUGGAAGCCUACUGGAAGGCCACACAUCCACCUAGCAGCAAUCCUCCCAACCAGCUUCUCACUCGGACACUUGCAACAGCCACUCUUCCUAUUAGCCCAGGUCCAAAUAUUAAUUUACAGCAGGGAUCUCAAGGAGACCAGAGGAAUGACCACUCAGUCCCUGAACGCAGCAAUUCACAAACUGAAGAGGAAGCACGGGUUGAACCCAUCAAGAAAUCCCACCAUCGCUCUUCAACUCAACACCAUAACCAUCGCAGUGGUGUUAGAGGCCUUCCUAGGCAAGAAACUUUUGACUCAGAAACACAAGACAGCAGAGAUUCGGCUUACGUAGAGCCAAAGGAGGACUACUCACAUGAGCACGGUGACCACUAUGAUUCUCACAGGGAUCACAAUCAUAGAGACGAGUCCCAUGGUGAUCACAGACAUAGAGAAUCGAGGCAUCGCUCAAAGGAGAGGGACCGGGAGCAGGACCACAAUGAAUGCAACAAACAGCGAAGUCGUCAUAAAUCGAGGGACCAAUAUUGUGACAAGGAUGGGGAAGUGAUAUCUAAAAAACGUAACGACGCAGGAGAAUGGAACAGGGAUGUUUACAUCCGUCAGUAACUUUUGCCUCUGGCACUCUUGUGUUUCUUUGAAGUCUUGUAACAAUGCCCCUUGAAAAUAUCUUUGGGUUGUUCACUGCAGAACAUAUGGUAUCCUUCUGUAUGCUGAUUUGUACUGCUGUUGCUUGCAUAGCAAUAGCAUGAAAUAGAAUAUUCAUAUACUUAUUUUUUUGGUUAGUGCUCUAUGAAUUAGCGUGGUACAGCUGCAGAGUUCCUGAUGUUGUACUAUGCCAUUUUUCAAGCUUUUUUUUUGGUAGCUGCCACUUGAACAAUAUCUGUUGCCAUCGAGGUGUUGUUAGUGUUUUGUUUUUUUAUUUCUCAAAGGUACAUUUGAUGUUCAAUAACUUCCCAUGUAUUCAGCAAGCCAGAAUCAGCACAUAAAAAUCUAAAAAUUUUUGUCUGCUCUGAUUUUUAAUUUGUUAUGCACUUGAUUUGCAUAUUGGUUUAAGAGCCACUAUCUGUUGCUUGUACCUCUGGUGGACUCCAUUUGGGAACGGAAUUCAGUCUUGCCUUACACACAGGGGAUCCUGGGGUCAAAAUCUAUUUUCUAUGUAUUGGUACUGUGUACUGUAUAUACAGUUUAUAAAUGUUAUUUCUGCAGACACCUUCUUACUAUAUAAGUUUGAUCACACUGUUUUAGAGUCCUAAUGCCAAGUCAGCAGAUUUGCUUUUGAAUUACUGGCAACUGGAACUAGCCUCAUCUAGGAAAUCUGUAACAGUGUUCAAUCUAAAUACUACUUCUUCUGUAGCAGAAAGCUUAUACUAAAUGUAAAUAUGAAGGAGUGCUUGAGAUAGAGGAUCUAAAUAACUCUUACACCUUAUCUUGUCCUUGCAAACCGGAUUUUGCAUUUUGAAUUUACGGUAAAGAUAACUAGCUUACCACUAUAAAGUAUUGUUUACACAGGUUACAAAAUUGCAAUGGACACAGCCUAAUUUUUCUUCUACUGUCAGAAUAAUAGAGCACAAGUGACAGUGGGUGGUGGAUGGGCAGCCGUGUGCGUGGGCACAGUAAGCAGCGAAGUGUGAGAACCUAUCAAAGAAAACAAAGGUUGCUCAAAAGCCCAACAAGUUUUGUUUCUUCAUUCUGUUAUUAAAAGUCCAAACUGCAGUCAGGGAACGUGAGGGAGUUUACUGACCCUGGUAAUUGAGAAAGCAUAAAUCUGCUGGCUCAUGUUGAGACUUCAAGAGAGUAAAACCAGGCAAAUGUUACUGUGAGUGUUUCACUGGAACUGUAAAAUCUUUGUGUUUUAGAGUAUUUGUUUAGUAAGAAAAGUUUACACAGCUUGUGGAGAAUUAUUUUGUUGGAAAAUAAAUUUUUGUAGCUUCUCCACUUUUUCUACACUUGCCAAUUCCUCUGCAUUCCCACUUUGCAGACAGCUCGCUGCUUUUCCUUCACUUAAAAUGUGCUGACAGUGGGAGAUAAGAAAAAUGUGACAAAAUAUUCUGUUGCAAGCUUACUAUAGAAAAUGCACUGAAAGCAAAAGGAGUGAAAACAGUUUGUUUAGCAUUGAUCACCUGUGAGACUGGUAAGUGAGGGGAAAUUCACAGUUCUUUUUGGCUGCAGGCUCCAUAUCCUUGCCUACUGUACAGGCUGUUCUUCACCACAGAGUCCUUGUAGUAAUCCUAUGAAUGAAAUACUUCUUAGAUUACACUGUAAAUAGCACAUUAAAUACAAACUGUAGUGGGACAGUAACUCAUUUAGCUGGAAUUUCUUUUUAUUUAUUGUUUUAAUUCCAGGAAGCAUCAGCAUUGCCUGAUUUUGACUGUCAUUUUAGUGAAAUGGAGGUGCAUGCUUUCUCCAGUCUGAUCCAGCAUCCAAGCAGUUCAGUUUGACUCCCUCAGAUGUACGUUGCUCUCCCUUAUGCUUCAUAUGCAUUUCCUUUACAACUCAAAAGGGUGAAAUUCUGCUAUAGAAUAGAAUAUCUGUGUCAGAUAUCUGGAUGUUCCUGCUAGUGCUGCUGACUGUUGUGGUUGUUUAAGAGUAAUACUUGGCUUAGAGCAUGAACUGUGGGGAACUCAAGGAGAAGAGUAUUUUUCUAUAAACAAAAUUCUUAGCAUUUCCUUAAACACCACUUUGUAGGCAAAGGAAGCAUAGGUAAGUAGACCUCUUGUAUUACUAAAUGGAUAGAUAAGACCAUCUAAAUAGUGGCUUUUGAUACAAGAGGUUUCUCAGGGUGUCAGUGGAGAAAAACACUGACAGAAUUUGUCAUUUGAGUCAUAUCAGAUCACAUUUUAAUGCAAGAAGUUGCAUUGUCUUGUUCUAUAUAGCCUGACUUUAGGUAUUUUAUCAGCUUUGCUAAAUGCUGUUGCUCCCUGUAGCUGCUACAUGACAGCCGUGGCCUCCAAGAAGUGAUGUAAUGAUUCUGCUACAGCACCUUGAAUAGUUUUGUUUCUUCCUUUAUUUGAAUUUGCUACAGGAGGUGUUAAUUUUCCACCUUUCUUAAGUUAUUUUAAGUCUUGUUUGGCAGAAUUUCCAAACACCGAGUAGUAUUAUGAAAACCAGGGAUUUAGGUACCCAUGUACAGACAAAUAAAGAGAAAAAUAAAGCGCACAGUUCAAGCCCCAGUAUUUAAGUGCGGUCUGGAUAUCGAUUGGUAGGUUAUAAAUAUCUUGCAAAGAAAGCCAUGUCCCCAUCCAGCUAAUGAGAGUUUGGUUUUGUAUAGUUCAACUAACAACGUAUAGGCAACAUACUAACACAUUACUUAGGCAGACACUCCGUAGGUUUUAUUUAGUCUUGCUAAGGUAUUUUUUCUUCAGUUAUUAAGAGUGACAAAUCAGUUGUAAUGUGAGCUUGUACUACAGAUUUUGCACAAUACCACCUGCCUGCUGAGCACUACUUUGAAAAGCACUUUAACAGAAUUAUUUCAACAAGAAGCUUUAAAGAUACUCCGACUGGAGGACAUAUCAAAGGUUAUUGUGAUGAAAUGUAUUUGCAGAGUUUUGCAAAUAGAAAGUUUAGUAUUGGUUGCAUUAGGAUACUAUUGAGUUCCUAUUUCUGUAUCUGGAUUCAGGAGCUUUGAGAAUGAGGAAUGUUAGAGGUCCUAGUGAGCUCCAGAGUCUUCUUGUGUUUGUGUGGUACAAAACAAUCUGUAGCAUUUCUAUUCAAAGGGACUAAAAAGAUAAAACUGAGUGAGAAGGAAAGGUAGGAAGACAAAACAGUCAAGCUGUACAUAGAGAAUCUUAUCAACCCUAGCUCUGUAUUUUACCAAAGGAUUUCAGUAUAUGGAAGGAAUGGGAACAUUCCCUUGUAUAUAUAUAUAUGUCUGGAGUUAAUCCUUUUUUGUAUUUCUUCUCAAAUGAAUAGACAGGUUCAGGUCUAUCAGUUGUUUUAGUGUCACAGACACUGAGAAAGAAAGAAUUCUUGUGUAGGGACUGGAAGGAGGUGAGAGUGACAGUCUCCAGGCCUCUUAAGGGACGGGGGAUGGAUAAGCAGAAGGAUUUAUACACAGAGGUGCUAAGAGUUGGAAGAAAUAGAUUCAUAAAGUUUAUCUACAACCUAGAAAGAUGAAUUUAUAGAUGCCAAGAAACCUUGUUUAGACUACUACUGAAUUCACAUAGUGUUUGGCGUCAGGAAUCUAGAAUUUGAGAAGCCUUUUGAGAAUUUAUGCUUCUCAAGGUGUAAAACAUAAAGAGUACCUUCUAAGGACUUGGCCCUAGUUAGUUAAGGCAGGUUUAAAGCUACAGGAAUUGAGUGGGGUGCUUGUUUUCAAAGAUAUCCGUAGAAUGAUGCCUGUAGAAUGAUGCCCUUACUAUAAAUGGAGAAUAAGGAAAGUCAGUCCUCCUCAUCAAACACUGAGUCAAUGUAGAGAACUGUUUUCACUUUUCCUUGCAUGAUUUUGCUCAUCAAGAUCCUCUGCAUUCUCUACAUGCAGCUCCUGCCCAGUUCUCAUGCCCCGUCAUACUCUUUUCUACAAAAUCAUUAGCAAUUGUCAUUUUUAAGCUCCAUUUGGUUGCAAAGUCAUAUUCAUGUUCUGUGACAACUGCAGGGGCUUCAGGCUGGUCCAUUAUCAUUUCCUUACCUGGAAUGCAGUGACUGGUCUGAUUGCUUUUAAUCAGGGUCUGUCCUGAGAAAAAAGGUUACAGUCAAGUACCUCCUGUGGUAGCUCCUCCAGAUGCGCUUUUCUUUCUGGUUACAUUUGACUCUGAUCAAGGUGUUUCCCAAAUGUUCAUUCUGAUCAGUCUCUUUUUUGUUCCUGCAGUUUUGACUUUAGUUCUAUCCCCUCCAUGAAAAUAAAGCACACUGCAAACACCUGUCACACAGUCUAAAGAACAGAGACGUCCUUUUUCAGAGUGUAACAUAAUAUUUCUGUUCAGCAUUUAUUUACACUUCUUACUGUACUGCAGAUCGUUUACCAAAAUGUUAGUUGUUCAUUCAUCUUUAAAAUACAUGGAUGAUGUUUUAUUUCUAAUGUUUUUAACCAAAUGUCAUUCAGUUACAUUUACUGUCUGGCAAUUUGUCUAUAAUUUAUUCCCCCCGUUUUUUUGUAAAACAAGCCGUGUUAAAUAUCAUCUCAAAGUAAUUUUAUGGACAGUUUCUUUUUAUAGCUUGCCACUCUAGAGAUGCGUUCCUGUGCAGCUCCCAGAAGAGAUCUAUAUCACAUAUAAUAGAAAUCCAGAUGGUUCUUCCAACUUAUCUGUCUCCUUUCUUACUUGGAUUUGCUCAUAAUUUUUCAGUAGUGAACAACAAACUGUAAAAAAGAAGGUUCUUUGUAUUUUCAGUUGCCUGCUCCAAAGUCAUUUCUUGUCAAAGGCCAUGAUUGGCUUAUUUCUUUUCCUUAAAAGAGUACAUGAAACCCCUCAGUCAAAGAGUUGGCUCUAUCACAAGUAAACAGGAAGAAGCUGUAGAAUAACGUCAUACAAUACUAGGCUGCUCUUUUAAUAUUUUUUAUAUUGGUGGAGAUAAAUAUUUAGAUUUGGCACUAUUACUAAUCACUGUUUCUACAAAUAGAGAAAGGUACUUUUCAGAUUCUGGCUUUUUAUUUUUGAUAGACAGGAUCUGAUUGUAUAUCUAAUCUAUAUACAUAAAUAAAUAAAUAAAUAUAAAUAUAUAUAUAUAUAGUGCUUCAGCACCUGACACUGAAGCAUAAUGAUUCAGUCUGCAAAGCAUUCUUAUUAGGAAAAUAACCUUAUUAUGUGUCAGAAAUACACAUACACCAUACAGCAAAGUUGUGAAAAUGAUUAAGUAUUUAAAUUCCUGCAAUUUUAAAGUCACGGUCAGAUUGGAAAGAAAAGGAAAAAGAAAGAAUGGUAUCUGUGCAGCUCAAGACAUCUAACAUAGCCAAGUCAAAAUAAGGAGCUUGGCUCAUUCAAAGGGUGAUUUGAAGCGUCUCAACUACAUUUCUCUUCUGAACUGCUUGAUGGAAAACUCUCUCUUUCCCUCUUUCUCUGUGCUUUCUUCCUUCUCUCCUCCUUAUCAGUUCCCUUUGUCUCCCAGGAAUUACUGAGAGAGAGAAGAUUGCAGGGAAACAGCUGAGGUGUAUCCCUUUAACAUACUGAAUAUGACAUUUUACGUCUAGCGGUUAUUUUUCAAAACCAACUCCCACGGUUGAAAGUUGAGAUAUCAGCAAUGUUUUUUUCGGAUUAAGUCCGGUCUGCAACUACACUGGAAUCAAAUAUAUGACAUUUCCAAUUGUGUUUUUUUGGCUCUAAGAAGUUUCUUAUAUAAAAUCAGGUGAGAUCUGAUUUGAUUUGAAACUGAAAAAAAUAAUGGGAAAUUCUCAGCAAGCUUUUUACUAAAACCCGGCACUGCACACAUCCUGCUACUGAAACUGGAGGCAAAAGUUCCUCCAUUGAUCUGAAUGUGCACAUUUCAAUAUACCGUCUAUGUAUGCUAAUUAAUGUUUACAGAAUUUAUAUAUUCUGAAAAAAAUCUUUUUUAACCAGCACUGUGUCCAAGAUUUCAACAUGUACUUGCAGUAAAAGACAAACACUUUUUGUUAGCAAGCAGUUAUUUUGCCAUGUUUAGACUAAACAUACUCUAAUAUAUGAUGUGAGCAAUUCUGAUUCUAAGUAGGUUUUCUCACCUAACGCUGAUGAAAUGAGAGCUUUCAGUCUUCUUUUGGUAUGUCAUGGUUAACAGCAAGGCGUCGCCUACAAAAGAAGACAGUUCUCUCCUCCUGUCCUGCUGGGAUAGGCCUUACAGAGUAAAUGCUGAUCAGUCUUAGCAGAACAGAAGAGACAAUUUAUUUAACAACAGUAGAAAAUGCAUUAUAUCAAAACAUUUGUCACAAAUUUAAGAACCAGACUACUGAGCUGUAUAUAUUAUUCUGAUUACGAGCACUUCUGACAGUGCGAAGGUAAAUUAUCAUGGUAUCCCUUUUAGUAACCAAAUAACGAGGAGUGCAAAAUAAGGCAUUUUUUUACAGAGAAUGCUUUUUAAUCAAUGAGAAAGGCAAAGAACCAAUGACAAAACACAGAUGUCAGUUCAGGUUUCUGAAGCGUGCUUGUCUUUCCCCUGCGUUUUGUGCUGUUUCUAACAGUCCUGCAAAAAGAGAACAUUGCUCGGACAGAACAUCUCUGGAACUGAAGCAGAGUUUGCAAAUGGGGACAACACGUUUAAGAAACUUCAAUUAUUGAAUGUUUAACAGCGUGUGGAGUCAGUUCUCAGGAGCAUGCUCCCCCUAUUUCAACCUUCAUUUGAUUUGAUGCUUUCUAACCAGUUAAGAGUUAAUAUUCUUAGUUGUUUGAAAGGUGAUUUGCAACAUUUCAGAUGAUAUUAAUGCACUGUUUUCUGUCUUCUGUUAUUUUCAUCACAAAUGUAGCCCCUUCUAUUGCAAAUGUUUGAUUUUAAAGUUGUCAUUGGUCAGCCACUCCAGGCGGCUGUUUCAGAACCAAUACAAUUUAUGCAUGGGAAGUUUGAUGUUGAAAUAAUAUUUAUUUACAUUCCCAGAGUGAGAUGGUUUAAUAUAUUCAUGCUGCUAUAAAAGACCUGCUACAAAGCCUAAUCGUAUUUUGUGUAUAUACUAUGUGUACAGAGAAUCUUGCUUGUAUUAAAAUAAAAGAGAAAUGAGGUUCUAA